AUGCAUGAUGUCAUCAAAACAAACUUCGGCCUGGAAGUGACCUACGACCUUGUGUACAAAGUCAGUGUCACCGUGCCUGAUGACUACAGGGGAAAGACCUCCGGCCUCUGUGGCAACUUCAACGGCAAAAGGGACGACGACUUCCUGCUGCCGAACGGCACCUUGGCGAAGAGCGUCCAGGUCUUCGGGUCGGCGUGGAAGGUGGCUGUUCCGGGCGUCAUCUGCGACGACGGCUGCAACGGGGACUUCUGCCCCAAGUGCGACGAGAAGAAGAAGGUCACCUUCGAGAGGGACUGCGCCCUCAUCAAGAAAGACUCUGGCCCAUUCGCCGCCUGCUACGGCGUCCUCGACCCCAACUCCUACUUCAGGGACUGCGUCUACGACGUGUGCAUGUCCGGCGGGGACCGCCACGCGCUCUGCGGCAGCAUCGAGGCCUACGUGUCCGACUGUCAGAACAUGGGGGUGUCGGUCCAGAACUGGAGGUCACCCAACUUCUGUCCGCUGUCCUGCCCGGCCAACAGCCACUAUAAGAUCUGCGCCGAAACCUGUGCCACUCCCUGCCCCGGCCUGCCUAAAAUCAGCUCCUGCCACAGCACCUGCGCUGAAGGGUGCGCCUGCGAUGACGGGUACUCCUUCAAUGGGACGUCCUGUGUGGAGAAGGACAGGUGCGGCUGCUUCUCGGAAGGACGAACCUACAAGAGGGGUGAGUCAGUGAUCUCCAAAGACUGCCGAAAGAAAUGCACCUGCGCAGCCGACGGACAGGUGCAGUGCCACGCGAUGUCCUGCGCGAGCGACGAGAAGUGCCUGGCGAAGGACGGCGUGCUGGGCUGCUACCCCACCCAGUGCAUGCUCCAGGCCGGGGGCGUCUUCACCGAGUUCAGCGGGAUGGGCGGCAUCCUCACCUCCGUGGGGGUCUACGAGCUCGUGUCCGUCUGCCCCCAGGGCACGGAGGCAGAGUGGUUCCGCGUGGUGGUGGACGUCCGCACCUGCGAGCAGUCCUCCCUCCCCGCCAUCGUCGCCGUCUACGUUUUCUUCGAGGACCUGUUCGUGUUGGUCAACAAGAACCACGAGACCUGGGUAAACGGAAAGAAGGUGACCCUACCCAAAAUGCUGCAGAACGAGAUUUCGGUGAAGGUCUCGGACAAGGUGGUGGUCGUCGAGAGGCGGUCGGGACUCCACCUGACCUACAACGUGAAACAGGAAGUCAGCGUGAGCGUCGGCGCCCACCUGACAGACAAGAUGUGCGGCGCUUGUGGUGAAUUCACCGGUGACACCAACCUAUUCUCCAUCUUCGGCAAGCCCUCCAUCCAAAGCUACAUGGACAAGUGGAGAGCACUAGACUUCCCCAGCUGCGGCUUGGCGACAGCUUCAACCAACAUUUUGUAAUGAAUCGGCGUUCCAUGGAAGUAUGCAUACAAAUAUCAAUAUACCAAAUUUUAACCAAUAAUCACCAAGACUUGUGUGUUGUAUAAAUUCAUUUUCACAGUAAGAACAAAAAAGAUUUUAUCUGAUUAUCUUCCAUCUGUUCAUUUUCUUUUUCUGUAUUUGUGUAAUGCACCCUAAAAAUAAACUUUUUGCAAUUAGGUCCAGUGUUUUUCUACCUCAAUGAUUGGGGUAAACCUACACAUUCAAAAUGGCAGAUGAUUUAUUUCAGAGAGCAUUCUAUGGUAAAAACACAAUUCAGCCAGUUCAGCUGCUUAAGCACAAGGCUGAUGCAUGAGUUAUGAAUUGCUUUAUAUACACAUAUGUACUAAGUUUGAA